AUGUUCACCAUAGAGAAUACGGCUCAAUUGUGGCUGUUAAUAUUCUACGAUCCAGAGUUGAGAUGGGGAUUUUCCGCAAUGAUUAAUCCAAAGAUAGCUCCCGCACAAGAAGAUUCCCUCAGAAGCGCCAUCGGUCACCGCCUCAAAUUUGCCAACGCCGAAGAGGGCGACAUCUAUUUCAAGCAAUUACAAACUAUGUGGGAACCCACGCCAGAA